AUGGUAAAGCCAUUAAGUUUCAAAGGCGACAAGAAGCCCAAGAAAAGAAAGCGUGUUGAAGCAGAUCCUUCGGCCGAAAAUGCAGGUCCUAGCGGACCCGUGGUGGCUACGACAGCAGACAAUGUAGAGAAUGACGACACUUGGGUUUCGGCUGAUGCGGUGGGAGACAUUCAAGGCCCGAUCCUCUUCGUGCUCCCGACAGAGACCCCGACAUGUUUAGCUUGUGAUGCCAAUGGCAAGGUCUUCACUGACCCUAUCGUCAACAUCAUUGAUGGGAACCCUGCUAGUGCUGAGCCGCACGACGUGCGCCAGGUAUGGAUUGCGAAUAGGAUCCAUGGAACUGAAUAUUUCAGAUUCAAGGGUCGCUACGGAAAAUACCUUAGCUGUGACCAAUACGGCAUUUUAAGUGCGACAUCUGAAGCUAUCUCAGCUCUCGAGACGUGGACAGUGAUUGCGACAGCUGAUACACCAGGGACAUUCCAAAUUCAGACACAAAAGGAUACCUUUUUAACGAUCAAGGAAUCUUCUAAGGCGAAUAGCUCACCUGAAGUUCGUGGAGAUGCCACGGAUAUUAGCUUCGAUACGACACUGAGGAUUCGCAUGCAAGCUCGGUUCAAGCCACGAAUUAAGGCGACGAAAGAAGAGAAGGCAAAAGAGAAGAUCAGUCGGAAGGAGCUAGAGGAGGCUGUGGGUAGACGACUUAACGAGGACGAAGUCCGAACCUUGAAGAAAGCGAGAAGGGAGGGCGAUUACCAUGAACAGCUACUGGACCUGAAGACCAAGAACAAGCACGACAAAUACGGUUGA